AUGGGUUCGAUUCUUGAUCCUUCCCUUGCAACGGAUUUCAGGGCAGUACAUUCUGGCGGUUUUUAUAAUGCGGAGAACGAACACUUACGAGAUCAAGAAAAUGGAUUGCCUGUCGAAAUCGAAAGUAGCCCAGAGUGUUCUCAGGAUUCCUUAUUUGAGCCUAUUGCCAUCAUUGGUAUGGCUUUUAAGUUUCCGCAAGGAGCAGAAACUUCUGAUACUUUCUGGAAACUUUUGGAAGAUAGUCAAUGCACGGCAACGACCUUUCCCAAAGACCGCUUCAAUAUCGACGCUUUCUGGCAUCCUGAUUCCAAACGUCAGAAUAUUAUGAAUUCGCGUGAGGCACACUUCAUGAAUGGCAACAUUGGAGAUUUUGAUGCAGGCUUCUUCUCAAUGACGCCACAGGAAGUAGGAGCUAUGGAUCCUCAGCAACGCGGUCUCCUAGAGACAACUUACCACGCCUUUGAGAACGCCGGUCUACCACUCGAAAAGGUGGCUGGCUCGGAUACCUCUGUCCAUAUUGGGCGUUUUACCAGCGACUUCUCCCAUUUGAUGCUGAAAGACGCACAGCAGAUUCCGAAAUACGCCGCUAUUGGGACUGCUGGAUCUGUAUUGGCAAACCGUCUGAUGGGCUUAUCGCUACAGCUCUCGCGUGAGCAGCUCAACUCGGGGAAGGCCAACAUGGCGAUUGCUGGCGCAGCUAAUAUAAUACUCAAUCCUGAGUUCAAUAUAGCGCUAAGCAAUAUGAAUUUCCUCUCACCGAGCGGCAGAUGUAAGAGUUUUGAUGCCAAGGGUGAUGGCUAUGGUCGCGGGGAAGGCUUUUCUACUCUAAUACUAAAGCGUGUCGCUACUGCUAUCGCUGACGGUGACCCUAUUCGGGCUGUUAUACGUUCUGUUGGAACAAAUCAAGACGGGUAUACCGCCGGGGGCAUCACGCAGCCAAGCAAGGAGAUGCAGGCAUCCCUUAUCAGAGACACUUACCGCAAAGCAGGCCUUAGUUUGGAACACACUCGAUUCUUUGAGGCCCACGGCACAGGGACUGCAGUUGGCGAUCCUAUCGAGGCAAGGACAAUUGGCGAAACUUUCCUCGAGCAUCGCUCGAAGCAGGACCCCAUUUACGUGGGAGCCGUAAAGUCAAACAUUGGACACUUGGGAGGUACCAGCGGUCUUGCAAGUAUCGUCAAGACGGUCCUGGCACUCGAACGCGGAGUAAUCCCCCCCAACGCGAAUUUUAACGAACUCAAUCCACAUAUAGACGCCGAGUUUCUCAAUUUGAAGUUUCCGACGCGGUGUGUUCCAUGGCCGAAAGGAGAGGUGCGAAGAGCCUCGGUCAAUUCAUUUGGCUUCGGAGGCACACAUGUGGUGAUCGAAUCGGCCGAAGAUUUUCUCCAGGGCCGAAAAUCCCACUUCACGCGGCGGGAGGCGGAGGUGGCACAGACCUCCAUUCCAAAUCUGAACACCACUCGCAAACCGUGCUCCAAAUUCUGGCAAUGCCAUCCCUUGGACAAAAUCCACGAUUCACCAGAAAUUCCUGGAAAGUGCCACUUGCAGGCUGACUACCUCACGCAUGCCUCAGACCACGAGCUACACAGCACGUCUGUUGCUCCCGGAAACUGUGUGUCUCAUAAUGUACUGUCAUCCAGCUUUUGGCCGAAGCUAUUAGUCGUCUCGGCGGCUGAUGAAGAUGGAAUUAAGAGGCAAGCGGCUGCCCUGUCUCAGUUCGUGGAGUCCCAUUCGCAGAAAUCAGACCCUCAAUUUCUGCACGACGUCUUUCACACCCUGAACGCGAGACGUACGCUGUUCAACUGGAAGUCGUACGCCGUGCUGGACUCGGAUUCAGCUUCACCUUUCUUGUUGCUGGAAAAUGGUCUCUCGAAAGCUAUAAGAUGCCCUCUGGCAGCCACUCGGCCCAGACUAGGGCUUGUAUUCACUGGCCAGGGAGCCCAAUGGGCAGGAAUGGGCCAGGAGCUACUUGAAUGGCCGGUCUUCAGAAGCAGCAUUGGGCACUCACAGAAAUACCUUGACAUCUUGGGAUGCGAUUGGAUUCUCAUUGACGAGAUCACCAAAGAUGCAGAGCUUAGCCGCAUCAAUGACACCGAGUUCAGCCAGGCAGUUUCGACUGCCCUCCAAAUCGCUCUAGUUGACUUAACCCGCCAUCUUAGUCUCAACGUCUCAGUAGUCCUUGGACAUUCCUCCGGAGAAAUUGCUGCCGCUUAUUGUGCUGGUUUUCUUUGUCACGAAUCGGCUAUCAAAGUAGCUUACUUCAGAGGCGUUCUAGCUUCUGACCUAGCGAAAAGCUGCGAGAAAAUCUAUGGCAUGCUCUCCGUGGGAGUAUCUGCUAGUCAAAUCCGGCAAGAGCUGUUACCUAUCCACUGCAUUAACAGCCCUAAGAACAUCACUCUUUCCGGCCCAGCGGGUAGUCUCAAUAUUAUCAUGGAAGAUCUCAAAGCUCGCAGCAUCUUUGCGAGAAAGCUCAAGGUUGACCUAGGAUACCAUUCACCACAGAUGAGGGCAAUUGCAGAAGCAUAUUCUGAUCGUCUAAAAGAUCUAAGACCUGGGAACAUGAUUCGUGAAAUUCGAAUGGUAUCCUCCGUCAGCUCGCGCCUUGUUACGCAAGAGACCGUCUGCGCUGCUUCCUACUGGGUGCAGAAUAUGCUUUCUCCGAUUGAGAUUGGACCGCAUGCAGCGCUUAAGGGACCCCUCCGAGAGAUAUUCAUCUCCACAAACAGGGCCGAUAGCAUGUUCUAUGCUUCCUUCUUGACACGUAACAAAUCUCCUACGCACACCAUACUGGAGACCGUUGGGCAAUUUUAUUGUCGUAACUUCGAGGCGGACCUCGACGCAAUAGCCCGAAUGAGUGGGUCUGAGCUGUAUAUCCCGCUACAAACCAUCACGACUCUGCCACCUUACCCAUUCAACCAUACCGUCAGCUAUUGGGAGGAGCCGGCCAGAUCGAAAACGUUCAAGUCAAGAAAGCAUGCAAACAAUGAUCUACUUGGGGCUCCGGUCAUAGACUGGAAUCCCUUAGAUGCUCGCUGGCGACUCGUCGUCAAGCGAGAAGAAAUGUCUUGGAUUGAACAACAUAAAGUUCAUGGCGAGAUGCUCUAUCCAGCCGCUGGAAUGCUUGUCAUGGCCAUUGAGGCGAUUAAGCAGCUCGUAGAUCAGAAGAUCAUUGGAUACGAGAUACGCAACACUUCUUUCCCAAACCCAAUCGUGCUGAGUGACUCUGCAGAAGGCACAGAGAUCCAGACCAACCUAAUUCCUACCUCCACGCAAGCAGGGGAGCCUGAGUACAAGUUUCGUAUACUUGUCAAGAGAGCCGACGACUCGUGGCAGGAAACUUGUCUGGGAACAAUUACCGCGGACACUAGCAAAGUAGGCCAAGAUGUGGAUAUUCAAACGGAAGAGGAACAUAAAAAGCAGGCUGCUCGGGGCAAGUACAACGAGGCGGUCCGUUCAUGCCAGAGCUUUGUUGAGCCAGCGGAGCUUUACCGGAGGAUUUCCAAAAAUACUGGGCUUCUAUAUGGCCCAAUGUUUCAGCCACUCUCGAACAUCCAUUACUCGUUAGAUGGCCAAGGCCAUGCACAAAUACUUCCCUGUAAGAGCAUUUCCUCGGAAAUCCCGCAGCCAUUUACAGUACACCCUUCUACUCUAGACGGCGUCUUCCAGCUCACUUACGUGGGCCUCGGUAAAGGUUGGAGCCAGCCAACACCAACUCGUGUGCCAUCACAUUUGAAACGGCUGUGGAUAUCUACAGUGGGAGUUGGACAUUCAAAUCUUGGGUCAGAAGUGGCCAACAGUUCAUCUAGCUCGUUGAAUAAACGAACAGCUGUAGGAACAUCUACCGUCUUCUCUAAAACCGAUAUGAGCAUUCGGCUUGAGGUCGAAGCCUUGGAGGUCACUGAAUUGGCCGGAAACCAGUAUGUCUCACAGGAAGAAACCAGUCCACAGCCAGUGUGCCAAAGGCUAGAAUGA